AUGGCCGACGCCCGUGAAGCCCACCCGAGGAGCGCAUCCAGCAGAGACAGCAGCCCCGUUACUGUGCGACACGCCUCGUCCACGUCCAUAUCCUCGAUCCCCACGCUGCGGAAACAGCCCUCGGCCACCUUUGCUCCCUCCGAGAGUCCUCGCUCGUCCAGGAAUCCGUCGCCGGUGCGCUCCGCCAUGCGCCAACACGGUACUCCGCCAGCCUCGGCCGUACAGGGCAGAGCCGGUGUCUUACGGUCCCGUCAGAGCAGCCACGACACCAGCCCUCACCGUACCCCGGCCUUGUCCACGCCUACCUCGGUGCCCUCGGCCGCUGCCAUCCAACGUGCUCUCUCCGCCGCAACCAUCCCACAACUCCAACAGGCCCAAUCACCCAACUCUGUCACCGAUGCUGUGACCCGACUUACUGCGCAGAAACGUCCUCUUGCCACUGCCUCUGGCGAAACCACUCCAACCAUCGUACCUGCCUCACCUCGUCUCAAGUCCCCUCCUCCUUCUUCCGCCCGCUCUCGCAGGAAUUCCGCCUUAUCACAAAAUCCAAAACCUGCUCCUCCAUCUAUUGUCGUCGAACCCUCUUCGACCCCCUCGGAACAUUCAAUCUUGAAUGAGGGCAUCAAAGAAGAACCUAUCCAAUUACAACCUCCACCACCUCCAAAAGUCCAGUCCAGGGGCCCUAGCGGCCCAAGACCUGUCCUUGAAACAGUUGUCGAGAACAUAGCGCCCAGUGGUACCACUAACUCGAAAGGGUAUUAUCAAAUUGUUAUUCACAGCAUGCAGCACAUAAGCUUACGUGGUAUGCAGGACCGGGGCGCACUCUGA